AUGCUGCGAUUACCUAUAGAGGUCCUUGAAUAUCUCAUCGACGGACUCGAUCGGCGCGAGGACCUACUUUCGUUUGCGCUAACAUGCAUGCGCCUCCGCGACAUCAUCAUCCCUUCACACCUACCUUACCGUCGAGUCGUCAUCUCGAUGUACUUCCAGCCAUUCUUCGACUUCAUAAGGUCCCGUCCAAACCUCGCGGGACGGGUGCGCGAGCUGACGCUCGUCAAUGCUUCGCCAUACGCCAUUAUCCCACGCGCACAUGCCUUCCGCAGAAAGCUCCCCGAGUCGCGUCUGCUCUUCGCCUCGGGGUACGACGACGAGUUCUUGUACGACAGAGGCUAUGAUGGAAUUGCUAAGCGACCUUUCGACGUUCGCUCAACACUUGACGACGCGCUCUUCAGCCUCCCACGUCUGCGUCGUCUACAGAUUCGUGGCGAUACUGCGGGGCUGCCGCUCGAGCGUAUCAUGGCGUUCCAUCAUGAUCGACUCGAAGGAUUUUCUGCGGACCGUAACUCCUCAUUUGAAGCUCAAGGGGGUGAUCCCUUCCCCCUAUUAUCCUCAGACUUAUGGAUGAUGUCAGAAUUGCGCACCUUUGAGAUCAGCAUGGCAUUAAGCUCAUCAUACUGGGACUCAUUCUGCGCCGUACUCGAUCGCUCACCCAUGCUAGAGACGCUCGCCGUACCGCUCUUCUCAUACUCUACGGACGACUCCCUUUGUCACCUGCCACGGCUAAAGCAUCUCCGCCAUGUCUCUGCACAUAGCUUCUCUCGGGUUGACUCCAGUGACGCCAUAUCGCAACGCCUCUUCUAUUUCCUGUCAUAUCAUCCUACGGUCGAGGAAGUACAUUGGACGAGCAGCUCAACGGUACCCCUGAGGAUGCCGCGACUACCAGCGGUGAAGCGAAUGUUCGACAUGAGCCACGCACAUGUACUGGCCUGCACACUUCCGGAAUUCAGCCGCCAUCAUAUUCUCGGGCCAGAUCUAGACACUGUCACAAUGUCGGUCUUCCCUGUUCCGUACGAAGCGUACGAUUUCACGAUUUGGGACUGGGGAUACCUUGGCCGCGUAUUCCCCACAACUCUCCGUUGCUUGCAUGUCGACUCCAUACAUGACGUGUUUGAAUCCUAUGAGAUGCUAGACGCGCUCUCGAGGAUGUUCCCCAAUCUUGAGGAGCUCCUCCUGCCGAUCCACGGUACAAGAUACGCCGUCAAACUCACAGAGCGACAAGCACGCAGCUACCCUAUUGGUCGAGCGCCGGAGACGAUGCUAGUGGAGCGAUGUCCUCUCAUACGAGAGAUCCACGGGAGAUUUCCGAGAUCGAGUUCGGUCGCGGGCGUGGAUAUCGGGUUGAGGACGCACACUCAGCGCUUGAGGGCUUUCCAUAGUUCUUCCACCGGGAGCAUGCCGACAUAUCUUGAUAUGAACACCUUCUUCGAAGUGGCCAGUAACCUCCGCGCGCUGCGCGAACAGUACCCGCUUCUCCGCCAGGUCAACGGGUGGCACCUCGACACCGACCUCUCGCGAGAAGUCAUCAUGGAUGUAGACCCUGGCUGGAAGCUAUACAGGAGCAAGAUGGGCGUGCAAGUUGUGCUCACACGCGAGAGUAUCUGCGUACGGUAUGCAGGCUCUCGUGCCGGAUCACAACCUAUUCCGUUGCAGGUCAAACGUCCUCAUCCCAUACCAAGGACGUACUAUUGGAACGGAUGA